UAUAAAACCCUCCAAGCACGCGCAUGUAGUCAUUGUAGAUGCACUACCAGACGGCAGGCAGACCACUCUUCUGAGUCUGAACGGGUCGGAUGUUCAGAGAAGGGGAACCGAAUGAGGUUUAGGAGCCUGCUGACUCUAAAGGACCCUGUUUUCUUGUAGAGCAGAGUGGAGGAGAUUUCAGCGUUUUUAACAGCGUCAGUGGUGGACUACCAUCCAGGAACCGAUCAGUAAAAUCAUGGAUCUGUAUGAGAACGGAGACAUUUUACCAGUUGUGGUAAUUGGUAAUGGCCCGUCCGGCAUCUGCUUGUCCUACUUACUGUCGGGCUACACCCCUUACCUCUCUCCCGAGGGCAUCCACCCAAAUGCCAUUCUCCAGAGCAAGCUAGACGAGAACUCCCACCUCUCACUGUUGGAACAGGAUUUGGAGUACCUGUGCGAGGGCCUGGAGGGCCGGUCGGACAACCCCGUGGCGGUGCUUUUCGACUCCCUGCUCCUGCCCGACAGUGACUUCGGUCUGGACUGCGCCUCUCCGCUGGCCUGGCGGUACGAGCCGUCGCGGGCCACUCCUCACCUGGUGCUGGGCAAAGGACCACCGGGGGGCGCUUGGCAUGCCAUGGAGGGAUCUAUGCUCACGCUAAGUCUGGCAAACUGGAUGGAGCUGCCAGGCCUGAAGUUGAAGGACUGGAUGAGGGAGAAACGCAGGAAUGUGCGCAACGAUCGUGCCACGCCCGCCGAGAUCGCCUCGUACUACCAGCACUACGUCACCCAGAUGGGCCUGGAGAGCAACUUCGCCCGCGGCACCGUCACCUCCGUGCAGCGCAUCCACCUGGACGGCCAGGAGGACGGCCAGGACGUCCGCUCCCUUUGGGAGGUGCAGGGGCUGCAGAAGAGGAGGCGCUCGGCAGUCAUCGAGGGAGGAGGAGGAGAGGAAAGGAGGAAUGACGAAGAGGAGGAAGAGGAGGAGGAGGAGGAGGUGGCGUUCUCAGUGCUGGCGGAGAACGUGGUGCUGGCCACGGGCACGCACGACAUCCCGGCGCGUCUGGGCGUGGAGGGCGAGGCGCUGCCCUUCGUGUCGCACAGCUUCUGGGAGCUGGAGGCGGCCAUCGCGGCGGGCCGGCUGGACCAGGCCUCGGACCCGGUGCUGGUGGUGGGGGCGGGGCUGACGGCGGCCGACGCCGUGCUGGCCACGCACCACCUGAGCGUGCCCGUCUACCACGCCUUCCGGCGCUCGGUGGCCGACCCGGCGCUCAUCUUCAACCAGCUGCCCAAGAUGCUGUACCCGGAGUACCACAAGGUGCACCAGAUGAUGACGCAGCAGCAGCACCAGCACCACAACAACGACAACGACAACAACGACAGCGGCCCGCUCUCCUCCUCCUCCUCCACCACCACCUCCCCGGGCCAGAACGGACCCGACCCCUCCUCCUCGUCCUCCUCGAACUGCUCCUCCUACCCCGGCUACGUCAGCUUCCCGCGCCACCGCGUGGUGUCCAUCCGGCCGGACCGCAAGUGUGUGCUGCGGGACGAGGGCGGGCGCCAGACGGUGCUGCAGGUGUCCAUGGUGCUGGUGCUGAUCGGCGCGCACCCCAACCUCUCCUUCCUGCCGGGCCACGGCCGGCCCAUGGCGCUGGACCCCGAGGAGGCGGUCUCGUGCCGGCGCAACCCGCUGGACGUGGACCCGUUCACGCACGAGGCGCUGCGGGAGCCCGGCAUGUACGCCAUGGGCCCGCUGGUCGGCGAGAACUUUGUGCGCUUCCUGAAGGGCGGCGCCCUGGCCAUCGCCAGCAGCGUGGCGCGCAAACGAGGACGGCGGGACGACGACGGGGAGGGGCUCGUCCUCUCCACGGCAACUGUAGCUUAGCGUCAAGUAGUGUACAGUUAGAGUAGAGUAGCAUGAUGGCGUUGUAGCCGACAAACUCAGUUGUUAUCCUGGAUGUAUUAGAGAUCUACUGACUGAACACUAAGCGAGAUCAUCCACGGCUUCUUUUCCUUCCAGCUAGACAACCAGCCAACUGUCCUGCGCUGCUCAGAGCUCCUCCAGGUCAACCAGUGUGUACUGUAGCAGCGUAUCUCCUCUCAUCUCAGGACCUGCAUGAUGCAGUCUAGUCUGCACAUGAGAACUGGGGCCGUCUCUCGGGGCCGCAGUCAGAGCCAGUGCCUCGAGAGCGCCUCCCACAGGCGACAGGCGGGACUGGAGUCUGUUAUCCGAGCCCUUUUCCCCAUCAUCACCAGCGAAUAUGGCUAAAUGGCUUUUUCAUCUUGCGAGCCAAAUGUGCACUCAUCAACAGUUUAAGUGGCUAAUAAUAAGUUUUGUUUUCUACCACCAGCCAAACUUAAUUUUCACCAGCAGUUGGCUAGUUGGUGCGGUGGGUGGGUAUUUAGAGAGCCCUGUCUGUUAUCGUUUGGACGGGGUUAAAACCCUUUGAAGAGUUAGGACUUUCCCCAGGUUCCUCUAGAAUUUCACUUGAACACUCUACAGCUCCCAUAGAAGUCUGUGUUAAAAAUCUUGCAAAGUCCUUAUGACCUCAUCAUUAGAACUCAAAAUGUGGGGCAAAAUUCUAAUCACAUCUUUGUGAUGGUACUCCUCAAAGGGUUAAUAGUAUAUGCAGAGUAGAUCAUGCAGGGGAGGAGUGCUGCAAAAUGCAAAGGGCAACACGACAGACAGACAGACAGGCAGACAGUCAGUCGAGGGUUAGUAGAUCAAGCAUAUUUGGUGAGAGUCCAGAAUGGCCUUGACAGUCCAAAGGUUAAAUAUAGCCAACUGUGUCAGGUGGAGGAGCAUGCACUGUAGCAACUCCUGACACAGAUGCACUUGGUUAAUGUUUAAUAUGGCAAAUAAUGUGCAAACCUAGUGUUUUUUUUUACCUUGUAUGUAUGUCAGUGAGUGCGUAUACAUGAAGUUCAGUAUCCCGAAUAUGAUAGGGAUAUUAAGUAUCCCGAAUUUGCGUUUGAGCAUAUAAACACUUCAGUAUCCCGAAUAAGCCCUUAUUCGGGAUACUGAGAAAUCGGGAUAUGCUAGGUGGAGUAUUCCGAAAGAAGCCGGGAUACUGACGCAUGUACACACCUUAUCCCGAAUACAGGGGCAUCCCAUAGAACGCUGUUGCUGGUAUCCAGGCUACACGCAUUUGAAGAGAAUUCUACAACAGCCAAGAAUGUAGAGUGGGAGAUGACUUAUAAACACCUUAUCCCGAAUAUGAUCAUAACCGGGAUAUGCCUCAUAUUCGGUAUACUGAACUGCAUAUAAACACACUCACUGGUUCGCCACUCUCCACCACCGCAACACCCCACCCCUCCCCCCGACAGAGUUGAGGAAUAGGAGCAAUAAUAACACUAGUUUAGUAGUUUCAUGAUGUCGCAUCAAUAUUUGAUAUAUUUUGUUUAUUUUUGUAUCUUUUUUGUAAUAUGGAUUUGUAUACAAUAUUUCACAGAGGAAAUUUAUUCUGUAUAUCGUGUAAAGAAUCACUAACUUGCAAAGGGAGAGUUGGCGUAGAAAAUCUAACUGUUUCUUUUGUGUCAUUCCUUGUACUGUACUGUCACCGUAUGUACGUAUAUGCAUACUUUUUCUUUUACUGAUGACUUGGUGUUAAACUGCACUCAAAAACCUUGUAGGAGGACUUACUUGCUGCUUUAUAUCUCUCAUGGAGUGUUUGUUGUCUUUGCUUGGUCAUGCAAAGCAUGUCAUUGCACAAGGUACAGAUUUGUUAAGUUGCCUUUUUUCCCCCCGUACACACUUCUGUUGCCGUUAUUAACUUAGGACCAGGACGUGGUUUCUUGUUAAGAACUGUCAAUCUAUAUGGCCAGUGCCGGUGCUCUUUCUAGCCUAGUCCUCUCCACUUGCCAAUCAACAUGCUGACACGUUUUGGGGCCCAACCACAGCGAUCCCAAAGCAUCCAUGCAUACAUGCAUUCAGGCAUGCACUGAACUCAACACACACAUCUUCCUCCUCCUGGAUAUGACUUUCUCCUGUCUUCUUGAAUUGGGUUGCAGCCUUAUUUUUAUAUUGUAUUGGUGACAUUGUGACGUAUUCCCCCACUGUAUGGUGUCCUUACACACCAGGGUAGGGUUUUUUUUUGUACUUUAUAAAGAGAUAUUUUAUAGCCAUGUUUAGAGCGUAAUUGGUGUCAUAGUUAUUAUUAUUUAUUUUACCACCAUUUGGCCCUUUCAACCAAAGGCCUAGUCUGUCUAUGCAACAGCCUAGCUAUCAGCAUGUGCUGUUCCCGGCAAUGCACGUCUAGGGACCGGUACAUCGGAGGGUCUUUGAAACCAGUACAAGCCAGUCUUACAGCAUGGAAGCAACGUGCCCCCACCAAUGACUGUAUGUACUAUAUACAGUCUAUAGUCCUAAGUGCUUCACUUCUUACUGGAACUUUUGCCUUUGCAGACAUUUUUGUUUUAUUCCUGUCUGACUGACUCUUCCUUCAUAAACAGACUUUAAACAACAUCCAUGUGUACCUUUAAGUAGAGGUAUGAGCUUUUGCUACUGUUAUUUAAGCAAUGUAUUUAAAUGAUUUGGGUCUGUCUUUGAUUUCUUAAGUACAGCUGUAUGAUAUAUUUGGUGGAAUUAAAAGUCACAUGCAUAUUUUGCAGGAAAAGACAUUGGACAUAUUCCAAGCGUUAAAAUAAUCUUAGAAUGGCUCUAAUUUGUCUUUUAUAUUGUAAAGGCAGCUAACCAAAUCUCUUUUUGUGUACACUAUGUAGUAUGAAAUUGGUGCACUGUGCAUUAUCAGAUUCUGUUGUAUUAUUUCUUUGUUUAUGAAAUACAACGUUUUUAAAACAA